ACGCGGACACGGUGGAAUGAAAAAAAUGGCGGAAAUACCCAAACAAUGAUUUUCAAACCUAAAAUAUCGUGUGCAGUUCUCUCUAAUUUGCUCUGAAUCAUAAUAAUUUGUUUCGUCCUUUGCGAUUGUUGCUUUCUGGUUGAAUGUGAUCUUUGGAUCCAUGACUUAUUUCAGUUGUGAAGAAUUUUGAUUUUGGGAAGUCCUUUUUUUGGUGCUGGAGCGGUUGGGGAUUCUGGUAGCAUGUCUUCAUUGAACAGGGAAAUAGUUUUCCUCCUAUUACAGUUUUUGGACGAGGAAAAGUUUAAGGAAACCGUCCAUAAGUUGGAGCAAGAGUCAGGAUUUUAUUUCAAUAUGAAACAUUUUGAGGACCAAGUUCUAGCCGGUGAGUGGGAUGAAGUGGAGCGGUAUCUAAGUGGGUUUACUAAGUUUGAUGAAAAUCAGUACUCCAUGAAAGUUUUCUUUGAGAUAAGGAAGCAGAAGUAUUUAGAAGCACUUGAUAGUAAUGAUAGAACUAAAGCUUUAGAUAUACUGGUGAAAGAUCUUAAGCCCUUUGCAGCAGUCAGUGAGGAAGCUUUCAAGGAGAUUACCCAGCUACUUACCCUUGAGAAUUUCAGGCAAAAUGAGCAACUUUCGAUGUAUGGUGAUGCAAAGUCUGCACGUAAUAUUCUGCUUAAUGAGCUUAAGAAGCUAAUUGAAGCUAACCCAUCAUUUCGUGACAAGCUGACCUUUCCAACCUUUAAGGCUUCUAGACUAAGAAACAUCAUCAAUCAAAGUCUCAAUUGGCAGCAUCAGCAUUGCAAGAAUCCACACCCUAACCCUGAUAUCAAGACAAUUUUAGCUGAUCACUCAUGUCCGCCUACCAAUGUGUCACUGCCUGUUCCUCCUAUCAAUGUUCCCCUUGUUGGGCCCCUAUCGAAAUCAUGCCCUUUUCAUCGGUUAGUAGCUCAUAGUCCAUUUCGACCUAUAGUCCCCCGCCCUGCAAGUGCCAUUGCUGGAUGGAUGUCCAAUGCUAAUCAAACAUUGCCUCGUGCUGCUGUGGCUCAAGGACCUCCUGGUCUUUUGCGGCCUCCAAACAUGCGAUCUGCCGCUUCUCUUAAAUACCAGAGGGCUCCUUCAAGUGCAACAAUCAUGGAAUAUCAAACUGUUAAUACAGAGCACUUGUCAAAGAAUGCUCGUAGCGGGCAAUCUGAUGAAGGUAAUAUGCACUUGUUGGAUAAUCUUCCCAGGACAGUUGUGCGGACGUUAAAUCUAGGUUCUAGUGUUAUGAGCUUUGAUUUUCAUCCCCAGCAUCAAAGUUUUAUUCUUGUUGGCACAAAUAUCGGGGAAAUAUCUAUUUGGGAAGUUGGAUCACGGGAAAGAAUUGCGCAUAAGGCUUUCAAGUUAUGGGAUGUUUCAGCCUGUUCCAUGCCUUUUCAGGAAGCCCUGAUGAAGGAUGCUACAAUUUCUGUAAAUAGGUGUCUAUGGAGUCCAGAUGGUUCCAUUAUUGGUAUUGCAUUCUCAAAGCAUGUUGUCCAGACAUAUGCUUAUAGCACAAAUGGAGAGUUGAGGAAUCACUUGGAGAUUGAUGCUCAUGUUGGUGGCGUAAAUGACAUUUCAUUUGCUCUCCCAAAUAAGAGUUUGUCUAUCGUUACAUGCGGUGACGACAGGAUGAUUAAGGUGUGGGAUGCAAUGACAGGUCAGAGGCAAUAUGUACUUGAAGGGCAUGGAGCUCCUGUAUAUUCAGUUUGCCCCCAUUCGAAAGGAGCUAUCCAGUUUUUAUUCUCUACGGCUAUUGAUGGGAAAAUUAAAGCUUGGCUAUAUGAUUGCAAGGGAUCUAGAGUUGAUUAUAUUGCUCCUGGAAACUGGUGCACUACGAUGGCUUAUAGUUCUGAUGGAUCAAGGCUCUUUUCAUGUGGAACUAGUAUAGCUGGAGAAUCUCAUCUAGUCGAGUGGAAUGAGAGUGAAGGGUCGAUUAAAAUGGCUUACUCUGGCUUUAAGAAACGCUCUCUUGGUGUAGUUCAGUUUGACACUACCAGAAAUCGCUUCUUAGCUGCUGGAGCUGAAUAUACAAUAAAGUUCUGGGAUAUGGAUAAAGCCAAUAUACUAACCACCACAGAUGCUGAGGGUGGAUUACUUGCAAGUCCUCGGCUUAGAUUCAACAAGGAGGGUUCUUUGCUGGCAGUAACAAUUGAAAAUGGGAUAAAAAUACUAGCAAACGUUGAUGGACAACAUUUGCUUAGGAUGCUGGAGACAAGGGCUUUUGAAGGUUCUCGAGUUGCUUCUCAACAGAUUGGCACAAAGCCUCCAAUUCCCCUUGAGCGAGGUGACAGAAGUCUUACUUCCAUCUCCGUGAGCAGUCUGUCUAUCGCUGAUGGAAGGACAGCUGAUGUGAAGCCUAAGGUUGUAGAUGCUGAUAAUAGUAGAAGCUGGAAAUUGGAUGAAAUAGUCAAUCCUGCUCAUCUCAAAGCCAUAACCCUGCCAGAUUCUGCAAAGAGUAAAAACAAGAUUUUGUGCCUCAUAUAUACUAAUUCUGGAUUGGAUGUACUUGCUCUUGCCUCUAAUGCAGUCCAUAAGCUGUGGAAAUGGCAAUGUGGUGAACAAAAUCCAUCUGGCGAGUCGACUGCAUCUGUGGUGCCUCAGUUGUCGCAACCACCGAAUGGAUUACCUAUGACAAAUGAAACAAAGGACAUCAAUCCUGAAGAAUCAAGUGCAUGCUUUGCUUUGUCCAAAAAUGACUCUUAUGUUGUGUCAGCAUCUGGUGGAAAGGUCACCUUGUUCAACAUAAAGUCAUUUAAGGUUAUCACAACAUUCACAGAUCCACCUCCUGCAGCAACUUCUCUGGCAUUCCAUCCUCUAGACAAUAAUAUUAUCGCAGUAGGAAUGGAGGAUUCCUCAAUUCAAAUAUACAAUGUCUUGAUAGAUAAGAUGCAGGUUAAAAUCAAGCUUCAAGGCCACCAGAAGAAAAUUACCGGCCUUGCAUUUUCACAGUCACUAAAUGCUCUUGUCUCCUCAGCAGCAGAUGCACAGAUAUGCAUGUGGAGCAUUGAUGGAUGGGACAAGAAGAAAGCCAGAUACAUUCAAACACCUGCUGGCCAUGAAAGUCCAUUAGCGGGGGAUACCAGAGUUCAGUUCCAUAACGAUCAACAUCUAUUGGUUGUCCAUGAAACCCAACUUUCCAUCUACGACAGCCAGCUUGAGUGCCUGCGAUCUUGGUCUCCUCGGGACCCUCUCCCUGCACCGAUUUCUAGUGCUGUGUACUCUUGUGAUGGUUUGUCAAUAUAUGCUGGAUUCUUUGACGGGGCAGUCGGCGUUUUUGAUUCAGCUAGCCUUAGGCUCCAUCGCCGGAUAGCACCUUCUUCAUAUGCCACUUCUUCAAUUGCAAGUGCUGGAUUGGUCUAUCCUAUCGUAGUCGCUGCUCACCCCUUAGAAGUAAACCAGAUGGCGUUGGGCAUGAGUGAUGGAACGGUCUAUGUGGUGGAGCCUUCGGACGUGGAGUCGAAGUCGGGAGGGCCAACCUCUCAGGAAAACGGUGCUCUUCCAGCCAUGUCUUCCAACCCUUCUUUGAGCAACCAAGUAUCUGAUGCCCCCUCCAGGUGACACCAAUGCCAGUUUUAGUUGAACAUAUUCCAUCGGUAGAACUAAUGUAACAGGUGCACAGUAGCUCAAGGGAUCACAAUUAUUCUUUUUUUUCCCGUCUUAAUCCCCAAUAAAGUUACUUUUGCUUCUUUUCUAUCACUAAUUACGGAUUACGUUCCAUUCCUGUUAGGAUUAGAGAAGGAAGAUGAUAGAUAUUUUCUUAUAGUUUGUAUAAAUGAAGUAUGCUGAACAGUAUUUUCCUAGCAUUUAUUCCAAAUUUAGCAAUAAGAACAACGCCUGUGGCAUCAAUUGAUAAUUUGAGUGCUUAUGUGGUGCAAGCCAUAUUGUCUUUCA